UCCUGUGUCACAGAUUUCAGCGGAACACCGGCUGGAGGGGAAGCUCUGCUAGCUUGUUGGUUCCGUUACAGCUGCCGAUGGAGAAAAAACUACGCCAUUUAAACGGGUCCAGCAGAGCCUGUUGGCCUCUAACUAAAGCCCGGCUGGCUGUGGCGGUGGCAGUAAUAAUAACCAGACCCCCUGGAAUGAGUGGCCGAGAGCACGCCGAGGCUUUGGGUCGCAGAAUGAGGAGGAAGGAUGAGGCAUGGAAGGAAACAGCUCAGGGGCUGCAGCAGGAGGUGCUGAGGUUGAGACAGGAGCUGCUGAUCUCCAGGGCAACACCAAACACAAAGAGCAGCAUGGAGACUGCAGAUGAGACCAUCGUGGUGGACAUGUCACAGGAUCUUUUUGGUCGUGAAAGUCCAGUUUGCAUUGCAGAGUGUGACUCAGAGACGCCUGACCUGCUCCAGGAGCCUCCUCCUCCUCCAUCCAAACACCAAAGGGAUUCUCAGAGGGACGCGCUGCUUCCUCACAUGCAGUUCCUGCAGUCUCUUUGGUCUCUGCAGCGACUCGACGGCAGCAGCAGAGGUGUGGAGGCUUUAUGUUUGACUCCUGAGGGGGACGGGGGCUCAGUGGUGGCAGAAACUAUUUGCCUCCUCCUGGACUCUGUUGUGGUUGCCUGUAAGGAGCCCCCAGUGCUGCCACUCUCUGACCUGGUGCUGCAGGCCUGCCAGGUGGCAUCCCGAGCCUUGGACCUCAUCUGCUCACCGAGGUGGCCAUCUGUGGACUUCAUGAAACGCGUGGAAGAGCCGAUAAGUGAGCUGACUCAGAUCCUGCUUCAUAGCAAACAUCCCAGCAGGGCUGCAGAGAAGCUGACGGAGUCCCUGAUUGCACUGGGGAGCAGCAGUAUAUCAAAGUCCUUACUCAUCUGUCAAAUCCUGUCAGAGAUCAGCUCUCUGGCGGAGCAGCUCUGGCAGACCUCCCAGGAGCAGGAAAGGUCAUUGUUCACAACAUUUUCCAUGGACCAGUACCUGAACUCCUGCCACCUGCUCUGGGUUCUGGAGAAACUCUUGCAGGAUUCAGAGGUAGCUUGGUGGGGGAGAGUGGUGGAGUCGGAGAAGAUGGUCUUCCUGCAUCUCUUAGAGCAUCGUCUCUUUCUGUUGUCGGAUGAAUUUCCUCUGUUUUCCAUCUACAUGUGGAGGAUCGGAAGCCUGCUAACUUCAACCAAAGAAAAACAUUUUGACAGAGAACAAGUCAUUUUCCUCUUCUGUGCUGCUAUGAGUGACUGAUUAUCCAGAAAUAACACAACACUGGGUGCUAACGGAACUGAGAGGAAGCUA